AUGUCUGCCUACCCAUAUUCAUUGCUUCCGGCAAACGGCGAGAUCAUUCGCCUGCUUCGAUUAUUACCAAGUGAAGAUGAGGCUGCACCUUUACAUUGUGAGCUUCAAGAUUAUUCUCUACGAAGAUCAACUACACGAGCUCACUUGUAUGAGGCUCUAUCCUACGUAUGGGGUGAUCCAGACAUCACCCUGCCUAUCUUUGUAGGCAAGAAAAAGUUUCAGGUUACGGUGAACCUAUAUGCUGCUCUGUUACGUCUUCGAGAUCACUCUUUCGAACGGAUCCUAUGGGUUGAUGCUAUAUGUAUUGAUCAAAAUAACAAUGAAGAGAGAAGACAGCAAGUUCGGAUUAUGGCAAAGAUUUAUAGCAGCGCACAUCGCGUUAUAGUUUGGCUGGGAGACGAGGAAGAAGAGGGAAAGGGUGCCCUUGAGGAUAUACAGCUUGCUAUUGAUGAGGAGUAUACAGAAAACUCGGAGAUUCGGAGAGAAAUGGUAAAGCAGGAAAAAAUAUCAAAACUCCUUCAAAAUCCAUGGUUUCAACGUAUUUGGGUGCUUCAGGAGGUUGCCGCAGCUCGACAUAUAAUAAUCAUGUGUGGCUCUAUAACUAUUGACGGAUAUGCAUUCUGCAUGGGGGUGAAAUCCCUAGAGCUCUCUUGUUCAGAUUCUCCGGGGCUGCAGACUCUUCCUUCAGUUGUUGACAUAAUAGAGGGAGCUGGUCUCCGACCUAAACUUGAAGCAACUUUUUCAGAAAGGUUCUCCCUAGAGAUACGAUCUUUAGCUGAAUUGAUAGACAUGUUUCAUACCCGCCGAGCCACUGAUCGUCGCGACAAGGUUUAUGCUUUACUCGGUAUGAGCUCUGACGAUCCGGAAAAGGCUGGCUUGCAGCCCAGUUACGAGGCUUCCUGGGAAGAUGUAUUCCAGCAAGUUGUCAACUUCAUUCUCGGUAAAGAUAUAACUGUGAGUACUUCCAGUCAGAGAGCGGUUAUCCAGUGCAAAGGCUUAAUCUUUGGCCAAGUAUCCUCGGUAAGAAUGAACGAUGGACAGCACGUGAGUAUCAAAUCCAGACUCGGUGAUUGGGACUUGAGUGACAUAACAGAAUGGACCCUUCAGGCUUCGGCAAAACCUAUUCAAGAGCAUGAUAUCAUCUGUCUCAUAUAUGGGGCUUCAAAGCCUACAAUAAUCAGGCUAUGCCACGAUCACUAUAUCGUGAUUGUUAUUGCAGCAACUCCCUUAAACGUGCUGACCCGUUAUGAUUGGCCUCAGGUCUCUCAAUCAAAGACACAGUUCUUGCGGGAUUUUCUCCUUAUCUGGGACUGGGAGAAUUCUUAUGAAGUUUUACAAGACCAAGAAGGAUAUAGGACAUUAACAAAGACAUAUAGUCAAACGAUAGUUUUUCCAAUAGUGGAGUCCAGAGGAUAUUUACAUGAAGCAACUAGAUUGUGGAACAAUAUAGCGAUAUUAGAGGACCUGAAAGAAUAUGAAAAAGCAGAUGAGAGGCUUCUAGAAGCAAGAAGUGGCUACAUGGCAGCUUUUGAAAAAGGCCCCCUGCUUCGGCCGAUUGGUGAAGGUGGUCGAACACUACUGUCAUUCGCUGCUGGAGAAGGUCACGAAGAUGUUGUCAAGCUGCUGCUUGGAAAAGUUGAUCCAGACAUAAAGGAUAGUAUAUAUGAGCAAACUCCGCUAUCUUUUGCUGCCGAGAAUGGACAUCAAGCUAUUGUUAAGCUACUACUUGCAACCGGUCAGGUUGAAGCUGACUCGACGGACAACUUUGAUCGAACGCCACUAUGCUGGGCUGCUAAGGAAGGGCACGAGUCUGCUGUCAAACUGUUACUCGCGAUUGACCAGGUUGAAGUUGAAUCAAAGGAUAAAAAGGGUCGAACGCCGCUGGGCUGGGCCGCUAAAGAAGGGCGUGAGUCUGUUGUCAAACUUUUACUCUUAAAUGACCGGGUUGAAGUUGACUCGAGGGAUAAAAAAGGACGGACGCCGCUAUGCUGGGCUGCUAAAGAAGGGCAUGAGUCUGUUGUCGAAUUACUACUUGCGACUGGGCAGGUCGAAGCUGAUUCAAAAGGUUCAUUCGGGAAAAAACCGCUCUCACUCGCUGCCGAGAAUGGGCAUGAGGCUGUCGUCAAACUACUAUUGGCGACUGGCCAGGUCGAAAUCAACUCGAAGGAUAAUUUUGAUCGGACGGCGCUAUUUUAUGCCACUCGGAACGGGCAUGCGGCCAUUGCUAAGCUAUUAAAGAAUUAA